AAAACACUUGCAUCCAAUUAAACAAAAGCUUUCCCAUCCAUUUCAUGGUAUAGUGGUUUUUUGCUCUCUCUCCCCUUUAUUUAUUUAUUUAUAUUUUUCAUACUGAAAAAACAAAACCCUUUACAUGCAAAUCAAAAGCAUCAAAACCCAGAAUCAGGAUCCGAGGAUUCAGAUACUCUCUCAGAUGGAAGCUGAUGUAUCCAUUCUCAUCAAAAUCAAAACCCUAACAUAAACCAUAGCAAAAAGAAAAAGAAAAAAAAAACAAUUUUUUGUCUUCUUCUUUCUAAGAUAAUUUUGGGUUUUGUUUAUUUUCUUUUGAGAAUCAAAUCGAUGAAGGGUGUUGUAGUUUUAUUGUUGUCUCUAUUGAGUUGCUGUUUGGUGGCGUCGGCUAAUGUUGUUUUGAUUGGAAAUAAUGUCACCAUGGCUUUCAAUGAUAUCGAAGCUACUUUCGCUCUGGCAAUAAAGGGCUCAGGUGAAUGUGGGGUAUUGUCUUUGGCGGAGCCUAUUGAUGCAUGCACGGAUUUGACUAAUAAAGCUGAAAAGGGUUUGAAUAGUAGCUCUCCAUUUGUGUUGAUUAUUAGAGGAGGGUGUAGCUUUGAGCAUAAAGUUAGAAGAGCACAAAAGGCAGGGUUCAAAGCUGCUAUUGUCUUUGACAACGAAGAAGGAGUCUUGGUUGCAAUGGCAGGAAACUCAGUUGGUGUAAAAAUACAUGCCGUCUUUGUUUCUAAAAAAUCAGGCGAAACACUUAUGAAGUAUGCUGGGUUGACUGGCUUGGAGCUGUGGUUAAUCCCAAGCUUUGAAAAUUCAGCAUGGUCUAUUAUGGCAAUCUCUUUUAUUUCUCUUCUUGCGAUGUCUGCAGUAUUGGCAACUUGUUUCUUCAUCCGCAGACAUCGCAUAAGAAGAGAGCACUCUCACUCAUCUCGUGUUCGGGAAUUCCAUGGGAUGAGCAGACGCCUAGUGAAAGCAUUGCCUAGCCUCACAUUUACAUCCGUUCUAGAGGAUAAUUGUACUUCUACUACAUGCGCCAUAUGCCUUGAAGAUUAUACUGUUGGAGAAAAACUCAGGAUUCUGCCAUGUCGACACAAAUUCCAUGCUUUCUGUGUGGAUUCUUGGCUAACUACAUGGAGAACCUUUUGUCCAGUAUGCAAGCGUGAUGCAAGAACUAGCACAGGUGAUCCACCAGCAUCAGAAUCCACACCAUUGCUUUCUUCCAACGCAUCCUCUUUCGCUUCAUCAUCAAUGCUUUCAUCUUUUAGAUCUGGAACAUCAACUGCCAUACAAAUUGCCUCAUCAAGGACCCCUUCAGUUUCUCACAUUUCCUCUCUUUCAAGCACUCCUUAUGUCCAACAGCCUCUUAGAUCCUACCGGCACUCGACUUCCAUAAGUAUAAGUCACAGCUCAGCUGAUCUUAGGCACAUGUCUUCCCAAAGAUCCCUUACUUCCCAUUUGGUUUCACCCCAUUCUUUGGGCUACCCAUCAAUAUCACCCUUGAAUACCAGAUACAUGUCUGCAUAUAUUCCUAGCCCAAGCAAUGCCUCCCCAAGUCUGGUUAGCUCUAGUCAUCAGCCACGCCCAUUGCAUUGCAGUGAGUCGGUUAGCUCUAGUCAUCAGGCACGCCCAUUGCAUUGCAGUGAGUCUGCUGCAAGUUUCUCCUCAUUUGCCUCUGCCCAGUCUCUUCCAGGUUGCUAAUUGAAAAUACAAUUUCUUGAGUGGGAAGUCACGAGUACAAGCCAUAAAACUCUGCAGGAUGUGAACCAACAUGUCGUAUUCUACAAACCUCUGGUUCGUACCUUAAGGCAUCACUGAUGGGGUUCCUUUGGAUGUAAUUGGUCGUCGUCUUGUGCCACACAAGAAUGUCACACGCACUCUGCACGAUUUGUACAGUGUAGGAUACAGUUGUGUCAUUUUUAUCUAUUUUCAAGUGAGAAUUCUGGUCCAUGCAGUUGAGCUCUGGCAAAUUCUUAUGCGCCAAGUCUUGAGUUUAUUUGUGCUGUAUUGUGUUGCUAACAUUAAUGUUUUGAAUAGCCGUAUUGGUCAAUAUUGUGAACUCCGAAGGCACUAACCCUUGUACUACGUCGAGUUUGCAUUUGGAGGUUUGCGUGAUGAUUUUAAUGGAUUGGUUUUUCUCCUUUCUGGA